CAUAGGCUGACAGGAGAAGGAGGACAACCGUUUCUGACAGAGCAACAAAUAUCCAACAGAGAAGAAGUCAGAGAAAUAGAGUUUUUGCUCAAGAGGGAGCCUGCAAGAACACGAGGGAUUAUUUAGGUCUUUUAAACUCCAGGAUACCUGUGAGUUGAGUCUGUACUCUAAAGGAGCAUAUGAUGACUGAUGAGCUGAUGGCAGAGGACAAACUUCUGGGAAUAUGGGCUAAAGGGGACGCAGAGAAGGAGCCCUGCGUGGAUCAAGAAAAGGAAUCGCAGCCACAAAAGAAGUUAGCCCAUUCGAUUGAAGAAAUUCUGAAAAGGCCCACGUGUGUCAGGAAAGAGAGCAGGGCUUAUCACAACUGGUCUGUCAUCAAAGAAAAUAACAGAGAGUCUGCCCAAUGCCCACUCACAGAAAAUCCACAAAUUAUGCAACAUAAAGAGUCUCCAAAAGCCACAACAGACUGCAAGAGUCAGAGAAAAAAGAGGCAAACCAGAGUCACUUACACACCAUUCCAAGUUCAGGAGCUGGAGAAAGUCUUCCAGGAGACUCAUUACCCAGAUGUCAACACCAGAGACCAGUUAGCCUCUCGUCUGCACCUCACAGAGGGACGGAUACAGAUUUGGUUCCAGAACCGCAGAGCCAAAUGGAGGAAGGCUGAAACACUGAAGGACUUAGAGCUCAUGAACAGACGCCACUUACAUUCAUUCAGUCCUGGCCUGCUUUACUAUGAGAAGCCCCAGCUGCAGGCCGGGUGCUGGCUGCCUUGCUGCUUACGUGAACCGCUUCUGUCGAGGCUGCACUUCAGACCAACAUCGACAGCGCCUGUGCUGACCGCCACACAUUCCCCAGGUCACAGGACGCUCUAUUUUGACAUGCGGGGGACGGACCGAUAGCAUCUUCAGUAUCUUACAUACUGAUGUAUGAUACUAAAGUGUUCAAGCCAAAAAAGAAAAAAGAUGAUAAGAACCAAUGAUAAGGAGUCUGUAAUAUGACGGAUGAGAACAUUAUUUUGAAGGUUUAAUUGUCAAAAUGUGUCAAGAUGUGUACUGCGCUACCCAGCAGAGUUAAAGCUGCUUUACUUUUUUUUUUCCAUUUGCAUAUAAAGCUGAAAACUAAAAACCUUUUCUUGGCUUUCUUUGCGAUAAGUCUACUGUACAGAUCAAGGUUUGAGGGCACACUCUUCUGUAACAGGCUCCUUAGUAGCGAGCUGUCUUCAGUGUGGUGUUAUUUUUUUUUUUUUUUGCAUGACGCCACCCUUCCUGGUCAGAGAUAAGAUACAGCGUUGCCAUGAACUAUUCAUCAGUUUGACUUUCUGACAACCUGUGCUUAUCUUAAUUUGGGCCCGUAAGUUGAGGUUACUGGCAGGUCAGCCAGGGAAUUUAGAGAACGUGUCAAAUUGGAUUGUAAAGCAGAAAUAGCUGCGGACGGAUAGUGGUGUGAUUGACAAAAGUCAAAGAAGACAAAGUGCAAAUUGUUGUUUUAAUUCGCUUUAAUGACGCCAGUACACAUGAACCGCACAACCCCUUCUUUCUGAAGUGUUACAUAGACCGUUUUCCAGAAACUACCAAUUAUAGGAACGAUAACUCACAUUCACAAUCAAUUCAAUAACUGACUUAACAGUGCCAUAACUGAUAAGGCUGUGAGUACGCUUAAACUUUUCACCCCGGUCAUAUUUUUAUGGCAUGUGUUUGCGGUACGAUAAAUUGUACUGCCGGACACAUGGGUGGGGAUGCAGAGGAUAAAAAUAUCUGGUAAAGGGCAAAAAAAGAAAAAGAAAAGAAAGAAUAAAAACUUGAUUCUGCUCGCAUUUUAUCAUAGUGUGAUAAAACAGCAACAUUUCGCUGUUGCCAUUACAAUGCGAUUACAAACUGGAAAAUGUGUUAGAGGAACACAUUGAAUUCCUCUGGAUAGUAUACCCUGAAGUAUCUCAUUUAAUUGACAUUUUAUCAAAAGUGUACUUGAGUGUUUUUCUUAAUAUUUAACUUCUUUUUAUUAUUUUAUACCAUAUCAGUCUUUGCCUUGUGUUUAUCUUUUAUUGUGAGCAUGUGGUACAUCUCAACUAAAAGGGCUGUGUAUAGAUUUUUUUUUUUAUUAUUCAUUUACAUUCUAAUUUUUUUAAAAUCUGCAAUUCAUUAGUUUUACUGGUCAGAAACCACUGUAAAAACAUAUACAAAUUACAGAAGAAAUUGGUAUCAAUAACACAAUAAAAACCCCAAGUGUACAAUGAAUCUACAACGGGAUUGCUUUGAUAUUUUUUUCUCCAGUGUUCACUGCUACACUUUGAUAACAGAAGGGAAAUACUGUGCCGACCACAAAGAUACACUGUCAUGUUAUUUACUUCUCUUGUCAGUGGUUCUAAUGUUGUGGCUGAUCGCUGUAGAUUACAACACCAAAGGUUAUUUUGGGUUCACUUUUGAUUCUGCUCAUACUGAAUCCCUGAGCUUUAUUAUUUAAUUAGUGGAAUAAACUUUAUAGAUGUAUUUUCUCCCAUAAACUUCAAGUUUGAGCGUUAAAUGAAGUUUAAAGUGACGCAGCAAACUCGCUGAAACAAAAACACAACAACUUGUUCAGUAAAAUCCAAAGAAUAUGCAGUAAUAUGACGAUUAUGAGACAUUAUACGAAGCUCCCAUACUGAUUUUGUUCACUGUGGUGGAAGUUUGUAAUGUUGUGUUGUGUGGUUUGGAGCUGUGGGUUGAGAGAUAGCCUCAAAAUAUCGACAGGUGGCGCCAUCGCUCCCACGAAUGAGCAGAAAUGAUGACUGUUUUGCUGAGUGUCAGAACAACAUUGACCUGGUUUUGAAUCGCAGGGCUUCAUUUGUCACUACUCAGUGAUGCUGUUACCGGGGCUGCAGACAGCAAUGACGGGGAGAACAUAAGAGUUUUCAGUUUGUGUUUCCAGUCUCCGGCUGCAGCUGGUUCCCAGGAGAAGUGGGGAGGGGGCGGAUAUUCAGCAUCUCUCAGCCUCCGCCCGCCUCCGUUUCUCCGUCCAGAGCGGUGGAGAGACAAGGGGGGGAGUUGAUCGCAGACGGACGGGGUGGGGGACACACAUACGCAUAGGCGCACAGCCAGACAGGGGCGAUGGCCGCCGGCGGAGGAUGCGGGGAAUCGGUGGAACAGUACCGAGCCGAAGUGGAGCGGCUCACGCAGGAGCUGGCCGAGGCGAACCGGGAGAAGAUCCGGGCUGCGGAGUGCGGUCUGGUCGUCCUGGAUGAGAACCAGGCGCUGAAGCAGAAGUACGCAGAGCUGGAGACCGAGCACGACACCCUCAGGAAGGAGUUGGAGCAGUUGCAGGAGGCAUUUGGCCAGGCCUACACCAACCAGCGUAAGGUGGCAGAGGAUGGUGAGACCAAUGAGGAGACGUUGCUGCACGAGUCGGCCUCUAAGGAGGCCUACUAUGUGGCCCGCCUGCUGGAGCUGCAGACGGAGGUGACCCUCAGUCGGUCCGUGGCAUCCAAUGCCCAGGCAGAGAACGAGAGGCUGAACGCCGUCGUCCAGGAUCUACGAGAGAGCAACGAAACGCUGGAGCUGCAGCGUAGCCGGAUGAGGGAGGAGAUCAAGGAGUACAAGUUCAGGGAGACCCGGCUGCUUCAGGACUACACUGAGCUGGAGGAGGAGAACAUCACUCUGCAGAAACUGGUGUCUGCACUCAAGCAGAGCCAGGUGGAGUACGAGGGGCUGAAACAUGAAAUUAAGGUGCUGGAGGAGGAGACCGUCGUCCUCAACAGCCAGCUGGAGGACGCGUUGCGCCUGAAGGAAAUCUCCGAGGGUCAGUUAGAAGAAGCCCUGGAUGCACUCAAGAGUGAGCGCGAGCAGAAGAACAACCUGAGAAAGGAGCUAGCCCACCACAUCAACUUGACCGACAUCGUCUACGGAGCAGCGCCCCAUCUGGCGCUCACCGUCGCCGGCGUCGAGGGCCUCAAGUUCCCAGAGGACACCAACGGGACAAACGGCACCAACGGCACUGCCAUCCCCACGGCCAAUGGCAACAAUGAGGACAGCAACCGCUGCAACGGUCACGUCCACAGACCGGGCUGGAAAGGAGAAGGCCUGCACCCUGUUCCGGACCUGUUCAGUGAGCUUAACCUGUCUGAGAUGCAGAAGCUCAAACAGCAGCUGCUACAGGUGGAGCGUGAGAAGGCAGCUCUGCUCAUGAACCUGCAGGAGUCUCAGACCCAGUUACAGCACACACAGGGCGCCCUGACGGAGCAGAAUGAGCGGGUUCACCGCCUAACGGAGCACGUCAAUGCCAUGAAACACCUCAAUGGAGACAAAGAGCUUGUCGACCUCCAAGAAAGUGAGAAACCUGACGGCGGCUCCUUAUCGCCGCCGGCCAACGGCUGCCAUGAUCCCGAUAUUCACGGUUUUGAGAUCCUGGAGUGUAGGUACAAGGUGGCGGUGAAGGAAGUGAUCGACCUAAAAGCGGAACUCAAGGCCAUGAAGGAGAAGUACAACCAAGCGGUUGAGGGGCAGGGAGACAGCCACAAUGAAGACAGGGUCCAUGCACUGAGUGAACAGGUGACAAGUCUGGAGCGAAGUUGCCGCGAAGGCAGAGAAAGAGUGGCGAGUCUGGAGGCAGAGCUCCGAGCAGUCACGAGCACGGCCACGGAGAGCCAGAGCAUGCUGAAUACGGCGCAGGACGAGCUGGUGACCUUCAGUGAGGAGCUGGCACAGCUCUACCACCACGUCUGUCUGUGCAAUAAUGAGACGCCAAACCGCGUCAUGCUGGACUACUACCGCCAGAGCCGGAUCACGCGGAGCGGCAGCCUCAAAGGCUCAGACGACCCUCGGGCUUUGCUCUCGCCUCGCCUGGCACGACGCCUCGCUGCGGUAUCCGCAGCCUGCUCCUCCGAGUCCCCACGCAGUCCUCUCGACUCCCCAUCCAAAGAGGCAAACCACAGUGAGACGACCACAACCAACUCGGCAGAGUCUUCAUCCUGCCAUAGCAGCCCCACCCGCAACCACACUGGCUCCCCGGUCAUCAGCAUCUCGCCUUGUCCGUCUCCGGUACCCUCGGACGCGGGUGGGGACCUGCGGAAGGAGCCGAUGAAUAUCUACAACCUGAACGCCAUCAUCAGAGACCAGGUCAAACACCUCCAGAGGGCCGUCGACCGUUCACUGCAGCUGUCCAGGCAGAGGGCUGCAGCCAGGGAGCUGGCACCUAUGCUCGACAAGGACAAGGAGUCCUGCCUGGAGGAGAUACUGAAGCUCAAGUCCCUGCUCAGUACCAAGAGAGAGCAGAUAGCCACACUCAGGCUGGUGCUCAAGGCCAAUAAGCAGACGGCAGAAGUUGCGCUCGCUAACUUGAAGAGCAAGUACGAGAAUGAAAAGUGCAUAGUGACAGAGACCAUUAGGAAGCUGAGGAACGAGCUCAAGGCUCUGAAAGAAGACGCUGCCACCUUCUCCUCUCUCAGGGCCAUGUUUGCCACAAGGUGUGAUGAAUAUGUUAUCCAGCUGGAUGAGAUGCAGAGGCAGCUGGCGGCGGCGGAGGACGAGAAGAAGACGCUGAACUCUCUCCUGCGCAUGGCCAUCCAGCAGAAACUGGCUCUGACCCAGCGCCUGGAGGACCUGGAGUUUGACCACGAGCAGAUUCACCGUGGCCGCGGCGCCAAAGUGCCCAAGAUUAAAAGCAGCCCGCCCAAAUUUCUUGUAGAUUGUCAGCAGCCUGCUGCCUCAGUACCGUCACUCUCCCCACAACUAAGGCGCGGGAGAGCCUCCCAAGCCCGCAGUCCUAAAUUUGUGGUAGACCUCCAGGAACACCAGGCAGUCCUGUCUAGCAGGAGUAGCCUUCUCUCCCCCUGCGACCCUCGUAACUGCCUGGCCCAGCAGCUCCAACCCCCCGCCACCUAACAUCGCCGCUCCUGGCCUCAGUCUGGUAGGAGUCCUGCAGAGACAGAGACAAUCUGGACAGUGGAGGGGGCAGGGGGGAGGUGGGGAAAUUCCCUCGUCUUUGACUCCCCUUCAACCCAGCAGUCCAACCUGGUGCUUACUGAACUCUGUGACCUCCUCGAGCACUGCGAGGCCCCCCCGGCUCUGGCGGGGCUCCUUGUUACCUGGGUCGCAGAAGAGGAGCAGGGUGCUCUCUUCUUCACUUUACUGGGAAAAAGAAAGGACUGAGAGGACUGAACUGAAGCGGAAAUGUUUCCCAUUAUUUCUACUAGUAUUUAUUUAUAAUUUAUUUACACCGUUGAUUAUUUAUUUCUGAGAUAUUUAUUAUUUGAAUGUUUAUUUUUGUGUGUCAUUCGGCGAGAUGGGAAUGGAGAUGUGUUUUCCUGCGGUGGUAAAGACAGAAUUUGGCACAGCUACCGCUGUACAUGGCCUACUUUGUUAUCUACCACAAAAUUAAUGCAAACAAAACUUCUUUAUGUUCAUUUUACAUAUAUCUAACCAUAUUACACAUCAUUCAAGAUAUUAAAUUUUGACAGUAUAACAAAUAAAAAAAAAUAAACCGUAUACAGCAUUUUUACAUUGGGUUGUUAGGGUACAGCGAGUAAUGAAAGACAUUUUAUUUCAUUAGGAAAUCGUUUUGUUUGAGGUGAUGAUGGGUGGAUUUCAGCUACCUUUCUAACGUCAUUAGUCCUACUUGGGAUGCCUGUGUGUGUUUUUUUUACACAAUGUUCUUUUUGCAAGGCAAGUGCAUCUUGACACUUUUAUACCUCCUCUGGAUUUAUUUAUUUUUACAGCAGAUGGUGUCCGUUACGUAGCCGAGGUCUCUUCGGAGGCAAGAGUAGACAAGAGGCUGAGUGUUUGAGAUCAGGAACUAGGGCUUUUGGCCUGGAUUUAUUUAUUUAUUCUUUUGCCUUUUCAAUUGCACAAGUUUAAGUGGCCAUGGAGUGAACUCACCUCCCUCUUUUUAACAUUAGUUAAAAACCGAGGAUUCCCCAAGGCGUGCCUCCUCUUGAGUCACCAUUUUGUCACCAUUGUAUUCUGACCAUGAAGUACUCUCUGUCUCUUUCUCUGUAUUGUUAAAGAAAACAUGUUAUAAUUAUUCCCUGAUACGACUUUAAGUAUCUUGAUCUUCACUAAUCUGUUGUCAUAAGGGCUCCUCGUUGAGCAUGCUUCCUCCAGACAGUAUGCAGUACUGUACAAGCACAAUUAUGCACUAUGCAUUAGAGCAAUACGGCAGCACUGGUUCAUCGACUGAUCUGGAUGAGACGGACCACGUCUUUCACCCAUUUCUCUCAUCAUGAGUCAACCAGCAGGCUGGAGAGAAAGAAGAGCAGGGGCGUCCAUCAUCUUCUUCCUAAAAGAGGGACACAGUGACGGCAUGCUGUUAAUUUCUCGUAACAAAAUCAAAAUAGUCCCUCUGUUUCUGUUUGAAACGCUGACAUAAAUGUGAGGUUAUUAUUUUUUAUUCCAGCAUUGAAAUCCCAUCUUUUGGUACCUUUCCUAUUGUUCUCCUCACUGCACUGAACACACGCAUUUUUUUGCCACAACACAAUGAAAUGAAUAUCCCAAAACAACAAAGCCGAUGUUAAAGUUGUAAUGACAGCAGUUCUCUUCCGACGGCGACCAAUGAGUGGGCUCUCUCUGUCCUCUGUGCGCGUACAUGUUGUGGAUAUGUUCUUGUUAGUGAUGUAGAUUUCUUUUGCAACUACACAGAGUGAUGAAAACUUUUGUGGUCCAAAAGUAGCUUCCGAGAAUGAGAUUCGGGCUCAUUGAUGACCUAACCCUCUUGGUUUGUUUGCACAAUUUAGCGGUGGAUGGAGAGGGACUAAUCUGAAGACUGAAAAUAAAAAAAAACAAAAAGGAAGCUAAGCUUUAUGGUGUACUACAGUGGAUUUUACGAUUUCUCUACCAUUCAGAACAGUGUUUAACUGAUUUCACAAGUAAAUAAAAGACUUGUCCUUGAGUUUGUAUGCAA